UACAUCUCUACUCACUCUGUAUCACCUGUGACGUGCGCUCCCUGAUAUUAGCAAACCCUGUGACGUGUCGCGCGUUUACCUGCAGCACGUGAGGUGUGUCGCCUUCACCAGGUCUGGAAGCGGUGAGACAGGUGUGAAUAACUAAUGGCACCGGGUGGACUGCACUGUGUGACGUCUUGCUUUCGUGUCUUCCUCCCCCUCCUCCUCUUCCUCCUCCUGCUGCUAGUGUCCGCAGCGGUCGCUGACUGCCCCAGCGGCUGCACGUGCGAUGUGGCCAGGAAGUCCGUGAGGUGCACGCAGGUGAGCGCCUUUCCUGUCGGGACGGACGUGACGACGGAGAGCCUGACCAUCACCGGCAACUACUCCAUGCCCCUGCAGCUUCCUCACGUGACCAACGCCGAGUUGCGGCCCCUCAGCGCCCUCAAAACCCUCGUCAUCACCCACACGGUGCUCGAGUCCGUCGGCGAGGACGUCUUCCAGGGACUAACGAACCUGGUGUCCCUAGACCUCACCUUCAACCGGUUGAGUAAACUGGAAAAGGAAAUAUUCAAACCUCUCACGUCCCUGUUAUUUUUGUACCUGACAGGAAAUGACCGCUUGGACAUCGCAGCCUCGUUGUUUCGUGAUCUCCACAAUCUCAAAGGCCUCUACAUGGGCAGCCUCGGCUUGAAUCACCUUGACCCCCAGCUAUUUACUAACCUGGUGAACCUCACCUACCUUGACCUUUCUGACAACUACUUGAAGGAGCUGCCAGAUGGUAUAGCCAGCGACAAGUGGCUCCCUCGCCUGCAAGUGCUGGACCUCAGCUUCAACCACCUGACUACCCUCAAGGACACGAUGGCGCCAUUAGUAUCCAGGGUGAACAGAGUAAGUCACGAGGUCAACAGACAAGUGAGCCCAGAGUGA